UACAAAGAAUUUCAAAGAAAUUUUUUAAUGCAUAAUAUAUGGAAUAAUAAGUAAAUGAACUCAAAAUGGAUAGUGGAAUUGGACAAUGUAAAAAACAGAUCCGUGUGGGUUUCUAUGAUAUUGAAAGUACUAUUGGUAAAGGAAAUUUCGCUGUGGUCAAAUUAGCAAGACAUCGAAUUACGAAAACAGAAGUGGCUAUUAAAAUAAUUGACAAAAGUCAAUUAGAUUCAACCAACUUGGAGAAAGUUUACAGAGAGGUUGAAAUUAUGAAACAAUUAGAACAUCCUCAUAUCAUUAAAUUAUAUCAAGUAAUGGAGACCAAAAAUAUGUUGUAUAUGGUUUGUGAAUACGCAAGUCGAGGUGAGAUUUUCGACUACAUAGCCAGGUACGGUCGAAUGAGUGAACCACGGGCUCGAUCGACCUUCGCCCAAAUCCUCUCAGCAGUGGAGUAUUGCCAUAUAACAGGCAUUACUCAUCGAGAUCUAAAAGCUGAGAACCUCUUACUCGAUGCCCAAAUGUGUGUAAAAAUCGCAGACUUUGGAUUCAGCAACCGCUUCACACCAGGCGAAAGACUGAGUACCUGGUGCGGGAGCCCGCCCUAUGCGGCACCUGAGGUCUUCCGUGGCAAACACUACGCUGGGCCGGAGAUUGAUGUCUGGAGUUUAGGAGUUGUUCUUUAUGUCCUCGUUUGUGGUGCUCUACCAUUUGAUGGAUCUACACUGCAAUCACUGAGAGAUCGAGUACUUAGUGGCAGAUUUCGUAUUCCAUAUUUCAUGACUACAGAUUGUGAGAAUAUUAUUCGCAAAAUGUUAGUUUUGGAACCAAGUAAACGAUAUACAAUAUCACAAAUUAAAAAACACCGAUGGAUGGCUGGUAUUACAGACUCGUUUCGCAUCGUUGUACCCACGAUUUCACCUUCCCUUCAGGAACCAAAUGAGCAGAUACUUAAACUCAUGCAUAGCCUUGGCAUCGACAUCGGUCGGAUCCGAGAGUCAUUGAGAAAUAAUAGUUAUGAUCAUCACGCUGCUAUAUAUUUCUUACUUCUUGAAAGACUGAAACAACAUCGAAAUCGUACAAAAGAUGAGAAAUUCAAAUCAAGAGUUCGUGAGGAAUUAAGUCGUAGCGGAAAGCGCUUUAAUUCAACAAAUUCAUCAACGGAUGAAGGUUGUUAUAGCGUAGAUGGUGAGUUUGAAGAGAUGCCUUCCGGGGAUGAACUUCGUGAAGCCCAGAUAAAACUAGAGGAACAUCGACUUGGUCUCGAUCGUGAUAUCAGUCAACGUAUUGAUAGUCAAAUUGUGAACCGACGGCUCAGUGACUACCAUCACCAACAUUUCAAUGAAUCAGAUUCACCCAUACUUGAGUCUAUGGACCAAUCAAUAUUAAAAACUUCGACCAAUCACAAUUAUUACAAUCAUCAACAACUGCAACAAAGUCAAGGCACUGGAUGUAUGCGAACUGGUAGUAUCUUCGGCGGAAUAAAUAACGAUAGUAGUAAUGGCGGUAGCUCCUCUUCGGAAUUUUUUGAAUCAAGCUUUGACUCUGGCUGCCCACCGGAUUAUACUACCACGUCUAGUUGUUUCACAAGUAGUUUACCAUCGUGUACACCACCACUGCCAAAAACUCUUUCACCAGUAACAAGUAGGAUAUUAAAGAUCGAAUUACAAGGUAGAAGAGCUUCUGAUGGAGGACCACGAUUAUUCGUUCAACAAGGAGGUGGCGAUAGAUCUGUUAAACAAAGAAGUAUUCAAAAUUCAGGAAAAGCAAAAGGACAUCUAGAUCUCGUUCACCUUCGCCCACCAAUAGCUUCUCUCCAGUCAGAAUCACAAUUUAAACUUCGUAGCGUUGAUUCUGGAACCCAUCUACAACUUAUUUUUCAGCAACGUAUGCUUCAACAAAAGCGCAGUCUUUUUCACCGACAUCGAAGCGGAGGUGAAAGUGGAGGUAGUCCUACACAAUUUGCUGGAUCGGAAUAUAAUUCUAUUUCCUCAUUUUCUGUAAGAAUGAGUGGUUCUGAGCAUCCCCCACGUCAAGAAAAUUACAAUCUCAUGUACCGUACUCCUGAUUUUCCAAUAAUGCUUACCAGUCGGACACCACGCAUUCCAAACAGUAUAAGUCCACAUAAGUAUCAGCACUUUCUUCGCCAUCAUCACCAUCGUCGCAUAGAUGACGAUUUUGAAAAUAAAGAACACGAUGAAGAUCGUUGGAAGAGUCUACCUUCAAAACUAGCAGCUGAUUGUCAAUUAGCUGAACGUACACUACUUUGGAGUCAAGAGGUAACAGACCUCAGUGGUGGCGCUUCGUACUUGCCGCCAGAUAGUGUGGGAGGCUUUCCGUGGCCGACAAACAGCAAUCCUCACUCAACAAUUUUUGAAAAUAGUGGAAGCGAUACAAUGGAGUAACUGAGAAUGUCAGGGAAACUUAGUCAACUACAUAAUUAGUAUUAGAGAAAUCAACAAUUCCAAGAUCUGCAGAUUAAAGAAGAACCUUUUACAUCCAUAAAAUUCAAUAUAAUUUUUAACGAUAAAAUAAUUGAUACUGAUUCAAUUUUCAAGAAAAAAAAUGGCAAGCGUCAAAGACUGGAAGAAAAGAAUUCUUUAUUUAAUUACAUCAAAGUUAAUCCAGCGAAGUAGAAAAUAAAUGGAAAAGAAAAUAAGAAAGCAUGUUAACAAAAUUCUAAAAG